GUUAAUCUACAACUGUGUGUCGCUUUAAACAAGGAAUUGUGACAUUAUCGCCUUUCCUUUAUCAAAGGACGGUCCAGUGUAUCCUAUGCUAAAGGAGAUAAAAUAGGAAGGAAUCAAAGCUCUUUUCCUCAGCUCUUAUCAUGGCUGCCACAGAUACUUCUGGGUCAUUUCACUCGAUUAGGAACCUUUCUAAGCAAAAAAAAGACUUUUUAACCACAGCCCAGGUGAACCUCAUGGAGAAGCACCUGGGCGAAGCUGCAGGGAAGACAGGAGAGGAAAAGGGACUAACAAAACACCAGGAACACAAAUAGCCACAGCAAGAGCUUGACUGAGGCAUGUGUAGAAGGAACCACAAUAAUCUAGAGGGGAGAAAUUGUAAAUUAAGAGUUAGAGAUCCGCUGAAAACAGUACUGAAUGACCUUAGUUACAUGAUGGUCGAAAGUCAUAUAGUGAUCAAAGGUAAUGCUGAGAUUCCUAGCGGUAGAUUUGAUAUUUCAGUGUAAUGGUCCAAUAAACGAAUCAACUGCAGCGGCAAAGUUAUCAGGUCCAAUUAAAAGGAUAUCUGUUUAGUCAAGGUUUAAAUGAAGGAAAUGAAGAGACAUCUAAUCUGCGCUAAGCAAUCAUGGAGGUGUAUCAUCUGUGUAUCAUUGGUAUAACAGUGAAGUGUCUUAAAGGCGGUUCAGCAAAUGACACAUAUCAUGAGAAGUGGACCGGUUCAAGGACCGAUCCCUGAGGGACUCCACACAGCAGGGGGACACAUGAUUGUUGAUACAAAUAUUAAAAUAUCCAUAAGUCAAAUAAAAAUGAAACCAGCUUAAAGCUAGAGAUGCAUCAAUCACUGACAGUCGAUUGGAAAAGGCCGGUUUUCAGCGUGAUCAGCCAUGAGAUAGCAGUUUAUAAUAGAGGGCUGGGAACUAAGAUAGGAACGAGGAAUUUUCAGAAUUUUGGGGGAACUGUAUCACAGGGACUGGAGGAGGGACACAUGUGCUUCUGUGCUUAAAUGGAUCCAGAGCAAGAGAGGAGCAAAUUCAGACAGUAAAAUAGGACAGCUGAGUGGGGCGGACAGUAAAACAGUCAGGGGAAAAUUGGAUCUCAGACCAUCAAUCAUGCCAAAAAAAAAAAAAAAAGUUUUCACAGUCAUUAGAAGAUGAGACAGUAACAGCAGGAAGACAGCUCUCGCAUAGUUGGUUUGAUAGUCUGGUUCAGUUUAAACAACAGCUCCUUCAUAUCGAGGUGGUGAACUUCAAGUUUACAUUUCUUUUUUCCAUCUAUGUUCGGCCUUCACAUACACCCUUUCUUUAUUGUCUGAUGUUGCUAUUGAUCCAAGGGGUUGCAUUGAUAUCUGACGCAAUCCUAGAAGUGUAUAGAGCGGGGGAUGAUAUUUGAUGAUGAUAUUUCUGUGUUAUUCUAGUAGGUUGUAAGGGUGCAUUAAAGGUUUAUCAUCUUUGUUGCACCCUUACAACCUACUAAUAUUUAGUAGUAGUAGUAUAUAGUAGCAGUAGUAGUACUUUAGCAUUUGGCACUUAGCAUCUCUCUCCUAUGACAUUGUCAAUUGAACCAAAACCAGAGAUAUCAUCUUUUUUAUACCACAUGUUUUUCUUCCUGUCUAAACAUGGCACUUACAUUAUACACACAAUGCAACUUCACUGCCAACAGUUGAGCUGGAGAUUUUGGGGGUAGAAUGCUAUUAGUGGUUAAUGUAGCUUUGUAGCUAUGUAGCCUUAACCAGAGAUUAGGAGCGGGCUGCAGAACUCUGGUAAACUUACUUCUUUCUAGCACAACAUCCAUAGAUUCUUUUACUUUUCAGACUUGCAAUCUUCAGCCCCAACCCACGCUGACUCAAGUGACAUCUCUUGAGCACAUUUUUUCAAACUUCACACAGAUCUAUCUGGAGACACUAAAGGUUUCAUACAACUUUUUUCACAUAUGCAAUAACACUCCCCAACGCCUGGUAACAGGCUUUGAUGUGUAAGAUUUACAUACUUUUCCCAGAACACCAGAAAACGUACAAUGAUCUGUAUCUAUGUAUGUUCUCACUGUGGCUCCUGUUUGCAUGGUGGAGAUUAGCAGAGAACUGUAAACCACAUAUUUAUUUAUAGGAUUAUGUUUUUCAGAUUUGCCUUCACCUCCCUGGUUCACACACCCAGGAAAGAUUAUAUCAGCUCACAGCAGCAGUGGGACGCUCUUACCAAACGUGCAGAGAAAGAUCUCUCGUGAAAGAGUGAACGGAUGAGGUGGAGGACUUCUUCCUCUCUGCACACAUAGACGUCACCUUGCAACGCUCAGCCGUGGGAGGAGGAGAAAGGAUUGUUUGUUGCCCGCAGGAGGAAUUCAAGGUGACCUGAGAGACCCAACAGAGACAAAUGUGACUAUACUACCAAGAGCAGGUGUCGUACGAAUCAGACCUUCUUGCCAUGAAUCGAUAUGUUUUUGGGUACCUGACCUGACCGAGCAGCUGAUCCUAUUACUGCUGAUUGAUCAUCUUGCUCUCUGAGUGUGAAUGUGUGGGCUUGAGGUGUUUUUGAGGGACCAUAUGGCACAAUACCACACGUUAUAGGUCCCCUUUCUAUGAAUUAACAUGGACAAAGUGGUCAUCAGUCUCCUGCUUCUGGGAACCACAGUUACGAUGGUCCAUGCAUGUCCAAAAUACUGUGUCUGCCAGAACCUCUCAGAGUCUCUAGGGACUCUGUGCCCCUCAAAAGGCCUGCUCUUCGUUCCACCGGACAUCGACCGGCGAACUGUGGAGCUCCGGCUGGGCGGCAACUUCAUCCUCAAGAUCUCCACUCUGGACUUUGCCAACAUGUCAGGCCUGGUGGAUCUAACCUUGUCCCGCAACACCAUCAGCACCAUCCAGCCUUUCUCUUUCAUUGACCUGGAAACCCUGAGAUCCCUGCACCUGGACAGUAACCGGUUGACCGAGCUGGGACCGGAUGACCUUCGAGGGCUGAUCAACCUGCAGCACCUGAUCCUCAACAACAAUCAGCUAAGUCGGAUCUCCAAAGCAGCCUUUGAUGACUUGUUACUGACACUGGAGGAUUUGGAUUUGUCAUAUAAUAACUUGCGCAGUGUGCCUUGGGAAGCCAUCCGCAAGAUGGUCAACCUCCAUCAGAUGAGUCUGGAUCAUAAUCUCAUCUCCUUCAUUUCUGAGGGGACUUUUACAGAUCUGGAUAAACUGGCCCGUUUGGACCUCACCUCCAACCGUCUGCAGAAGCUCCCUCCGGACCCCAUCUUUGCGCGCUCCCAGAGCAGUGUUGUGAUGAGCACUCCUUACGCACCUCCGCUUUCUCUAAGCUUUGGUGGAAACCCAUUGCACUGCAACUGUGAGGUGCUUUGGCUUCGAAGGCUGGAACGUGAGGAUGACAUGGAAACCUGCGCUUCUCCCGCCAGUCUAAAGGGGCGCUACUUUUGGUCUGUUCGUGAGGAGGAGUUUGUUUGUGAGCCACCUUUGAUCACACAACAUACGCACAAGUUGCUUGUUCUGGAAGGCCAAACGGCUAGCUUGCGCUGCAAAGCUGUUGGCGACCCAAUGCCAACUGUUCAUUGGGUUGCUCCUGACGACCGUUUGAUCAGCAACUCCUCUCGAGCGACAGUAUAUGAAAAUGGCACCCUGGACAUAACAAUCACCACAUCCAAGGAUUACGGUACCUUUACUUGCAUAGCUGCUAAUGCUGCUGGGGAAUCUACAGCCUCCAUCGAGCUAUCAAUCAUUCAACUCCCCCAUUUGAGUAACGGUACAAAUCGUACCACGCAGCCCAAGUCUGGGCUAUCUGACAUAACUAGCUCUACCAAGAUCAGUAAAGGGGAGCCUAAACCUCCACCAGAGAAGGUGGUGUCUGUAUCAGAAGUGACCGCCGCCUCUGCUCUGGUCAAGUGGACUGUUAGCAAAUCAACUCCAAAAGUAAAAAUGUUUCAGCUUCAGUACAAUUGUUCAGAGGAUGAAGUCCUCAUUUACAGGAUGAUUCCUAUGACUAACAGAGCCUUUGUAGUCACAAAUCUUGUCCCAGGGAUGCAGUAUGACCUGUGCGUCUUGGCCAUCUGGGAUGACACUGCCACCACCCUCACUGCCACCAACAUUGUCGGCUGCGUCCAGUUCAUCACCACGGAGGACUACCCGCAGUGCCAGUCUCUUCACAGUGGAUUCCUGGGGGGCACCAUGAUCCUGGUGAUUGGCGGCAUCAUUGUGGCCACGCUGCUGGUGUUUAUCAUCAUCCUCAUGGUGCGCUAUAAGGUGACCAGUGGUAUCCAGGCUAAUAAAUUACCGACUGUUAGCAACACGUACUCGCAGACCAAUGGGGGAUUGAACAGGUUCAACGGCGCCCCGCCACAGGUCAAGUCUACGGUGGUGGUCAUGCGUGAGGAAAUGGUAGAGUUCAAAUGUGGCUCCCUCCAGAGCAGCCUCUCCUCAUCCUCCUCCUCUUCUAACUCAUUAGACAGCCAAACAGUUCGAGGGGCUGGCGACCGCUACAGCAUGCAGGGCAGUGAAUGCAGCACCCUUCCCAGCAGCAAAUUCAGGAGGCACGGGCACAGCGCCAAAGCACGGCCAAACCUGGACCACCUUUUAGGGGCCUUCACCUCGCUGGAGCUGCGAGGGGUAGCGAGGGACCACCAAGGGACUUCUGGCCCCUCCACCGCUUCCAACGCCAUGAUGACAGUGGCUAUGGCUCCCCCUUCUGAUAAAGAACCCCUGCUGGGAAGGGCCGAGUCCACCACCAUGCUGGGACGUCUCCUAGGGCUGCCCCAGGAGGGUAAGCCCAAGAGAAGCCACUCCUUUGACAUGGGUCACGUGGGGGCCGCACAGUGCCGCAGCAACUACCCUCGAAGGAUCAGUAACAUCUGGACUAAGCGCAGUCUGUCUGUGAACGGCAUGCUACUGCAGUAUGAUGACAGUGAGGACGAGAAGCCCACUUUUGAGAGCUCGGAGUGGGUGAUGGAGAGCACAGUUUGAGUGCAGCCGGUGUAACUGUGAGGUCCAUGGCCAAACUAUAAAUCUAUACUAGGAACUACAGGAAGAUGAGUGCAGAGGGAGGGACGCUCCAGCAGUAAUCCACCUUUGGGUAUUGCAUGAAGUUCAUCCAUGUGAAUACUGUCCAAGUAAUUAUGUGCAAAAAGACACUUGAAUCGAUAGAUUCCUGGCCAUGACCUCAACUCUCUGACAGUCUCUAACUGUAUUUGAAAAAAAAAACUGUUCCCAUUUGAAACAGCACAGCGUCGAGGAUUGUGCCGAUAUAUGGCCCAAAUGGAAUAAUUCCCGAUCCACAGGGUAUGUGAGAGUAUCUCCAAGGAAAAAGGAGGGGAAAGCAAGAUGAGAAAUUCAAAGUGGAUUUGCUACGUCUGUAUCAAAAGAACACCAAGAGGAUUUGCCUCGACUGUGGUGAACUGAAUGCGCAUCACAGUGUCGUGGAUCCUCAGCAUGAAAUGGGACUACUGCAACAGUAGGACCAGAGGAGCGAAUAGAAAAAUUAAAACAAAGUCAUUUUUAUUUUCAUCUGGUUUUUUCUAUCAUUUUUACUAUUUAUUAUUAUUUGAGGUGAAUCAUCAGCAGGCAGAGCUCUGUAAUGAGGUUGUAGUUGUCAGUGAUUAAACAUACACACACACACACACACACACACACACACACACAGUGUCCCUUCACACACACACACACACACACACACACAGCAAUUUCCCAUCUUUAGACAGCACUCCGAGUCAAAUUUCAAUCAGCCACAAACCGACAACAUGACAUAUUUUCAAAUAGCAAAUCCUAUUCUCUAGAACCAUUCUUCCCGUUCAUUCUCUGAACCACAACAAGCCAGUCUUGUAUUUCUACCUCAGGUUAUGUAUCGUAUGAGGUUAUUAUUCUAUGACAGUGAAUGGAAAUACAAAAAAAAUCCAAAAGUACCAGAUGAGUCACAAACACAAAAACAGCUUCAAAGAAUGAUUUUGUCUCCAGCCAACCAGAUUCAGUAAUGUUUCCAGCUCAGGUUGAAAUCCUGCCUCUCUGAACGCUUUGAUACCCCCCCCCCCCCCCCCAACUGGGUAGCACUGGCGACAGCGGUCCCUGUAGGCGAAGAGGCCAUUGAUGUAAACAGAGUGUUCUCUCAGGGUUUGGUUUCAGAUGCUAUCAGUACAUAUUACAGUAGUCAGACAUGAAUGGUCUUUGAAAUCCAUCAGGCCUCCUUUUAAUCGUUCGCUUAAACGCACAGCGGGACGUAUUAUUCAGCUAAUUCUCUUUAGGCAACACAAACAAGAGAGUACGACAAUUACUCAUUUAGCCAGGUUAAAUAGCAGAGUCCAAAUUGAUGUUUAUUAGCCUGAUAAAGGUCAUUAUGCUGCUUCAGGGAGGACAUUAAGUGGAGAAAAAGGGGGAGGAAGAUAACUUAUUAAGGGCCAAACGGCUGAAAACUCGAUUUGGUAACACAUACAUAACCGUGGUUGGUUUAUGUAUCGUUUGAAUUGAUUCAUCAGCACAAUCAUUUAUCUUUCAUCCUCUGUCAUACCGGGCUGUAAAAUACUAUAAAUUAGUGGCUGUUCAGAUUAGUGAUCAACCAAGACGUCCGCACACAUUUUGAUGCCUUUCUUAAUACCCUGUUGGUCUCUGCUGCAUUUGAAGAUGUGGGGUGUUCAUCAUGUUUUGUUUUGGUUUUUUUUAUUAUUAUUAUUAUUAUUAUUAUUGUUUUCUUCCCUAGGUGUACUGUUAUGUAUAUUGGCAUUUUUUUUGUACAAUAACUGGGUGAGAAUGUAAAAGCGGGAAAAAUCGUACAGUAGUACUUUUAUUUUCAUGUGAAGCAAACCGUGAGAAGGUGCUUUUCUGUGGUGUACCAACUUGGCCAUUGUUAGUUGGCUCACUGGGAGGGUAUUUUACAUGUUACAGCAGGUAGAAGGAAGCGGAUGACUUGUUGUUUUUAAAGGGUCAAUUCACCCAAAUUGAAAAAAAAAAAAAAGCAGAUUGUCCUUCUUACCUCUAGUUGUACCCACCAUGUAGAUGAUCUUGGUUUUCUUUGCUCUGGUUUUAAGAUGUCUGUCUAUGAGAUUUCUACCUUUUCCUUCAAUAUAGAGGGGUUAGGGUGUCCAAAAUCAUAAUCCAUCCAUCCAUCCUUCCAUCCAUUAUCUAUACUGCUUAUCCUUGUAAGGUUGCGGGGGUGGGGUGCGGGGCUAAAGCCAGUCCCAGCUCACAUUAGGCAGGGGUGGGGUACACCCUGAACAGGUUGCCAGUUACAUACAGAGACAAACAAUCAUACAUGCUCACAUUCACACCUAUGGGAACUUUAGAAUCGCCAAUUAACCGCAAUAUGAUAAUACGAUAUGACAAUAUUUUGUCAUAAUGUUUAUAUCAUAGUAGCUGUCCCUUUAAUAUAUCUGGCUGUAUUAGGUCCUGGGCAAUUUUGCAAAUCACCAAGGCAAUAUUGGAUAUUCAUAUGAUGUCUGCAUUAAUGCAGGUAAACACAUUAAAAGAUAAGGACGGCAAUAUUAUAUUCAUAUUAUAUAUUUUUCGAAUUGUCAACAAAUCCCAUGUAAAGACCAAUGAUUUGAUCUGAGUACCAAAUACUGUGUAUCCAGUCAAAACUCUCCACAACUUUGGGUAAUGGGAUAUUUUUCAAUGCAUCCAUCCACCUCCAUUAUGCUGGGGUGGAGGCGACAGUCUCAAAGACAGAUAUCUCAAAACCUGACCAAAUGAAACGAAAACGAUCGUGAUGUUAGAUUCCACCAGAGGUAAAUGAAAAAGAUCUGUUAUUUUUUUGUAAUUCGGGUGAACGGACCCUUUAACCUGUUGUUCUGCUCGUGGCAUCAUGUAAAGAACCUUUCUAGUCUGCUAACUGAGAAUGCCAUUUAAGUGUGUACUUGACUCGACAUAGUCAUGAUUCUCACCUGAGGUUCUAGGAGAAAACAAAAAAAAUAAAUAAAAACUGUUUCUGUGUGAAAAGAUUUUGCUACAAAAGAAUAUAAAAUAUUAAUUAAUUCCUAUGAACCAAA